AUGGUCAGACUCACUUUCCCGGCACUGGCCAUGCUGUCAUUGCUGUCAUUCGUCACUGCUGCUCCAGCGGCAGCAAGUCCGGACAGUGUUGACAUGGUCCCCUUCUCCAUUGAGAAAUGGGCUACCGACAUUGGCAACGAUCCCGACGGAGAUCAUUCUUCUGUCGAAGAAGCUGUCAUUGCAUUCGAAGCUACAUUGAACAGCACUCGACUGCAAAAGCGAUCUCCCAUCUGCAAUCACGUUCCUUUCAAGGAAUGUCGCAUUGCGGAUGCGGUGGCGUGUAUCAACGAGGCCAGCCGAAGAGGCUCCCAAUCUGCCAACAUCGCAGCAGGACAGGCCUCCCGAUCCUGGCGUGGUCGUGGUACAGCGCAACUGUGGGCGUCAACAAAUGGCGCCUUCUUGCAGCAGGCGAAGCAGAUCACUCAGCUCGGGAUUUUGCUCUUACCACGGAAGGGCUUGACAUCAGUUGCGGCCGUGUCCGUUGCUCCGGAACCCUCCAAAUCCGGUCCGGCUUACGUUACCGAUUCCCCCUGUUGUUCAUCUCGGCUGGGCUCAGCCUGUAUGCGAGUGUUCAUCCGCGACCGAUCCGCCCUCGCGCGCCGAUUCGAAAGCGACGAGACGCACUGGAGGCCUGAGGUACCAUGUCUGCAUCUCGAACUUGAAAGACAACGUUUUCAACAAUGCACCAUGAGUGGGGCGCCACGUUGGCACAAGGCUACCGUGUCGGACAAGGCUACCGUGUCGGACAAGGCUACCGUGUCGGACACGGCUGGCACAUACAUGUACAGAAGACCCAGAGUGAGGGAGUCUGAGUGA